CUUUCCCCUACCCUUACACUCAUUCCAAUUCCCUUUCCCUCGGUUUUCAUCGACCUCUCCGGAACCUUCUUGAUCCUUCCCGUUUUCCCUCUUUUUACCUUUCCCUCCCCAUCACUUUUUCCAUUUCCUCCUUUCUACUUUUGUUCUUUCAUGAUUCUUGCCCACGAAGUAAAACCCUUUCCCGUCAUUUCAGUUCUUGAACUCAUCUUCUUGACUCUAAGUCACCUGCUACUCAGUCUACUCCUACUAGUAUUUAAAUUGGAAACAACCCAUUUGCUUAAUCCUCGCAGAUUCUCUCAAACUUUUGUUUUUUAGCACUCUGAUUUUAUUGCAUUUUUAAGCAAGAAUGGAAGGAAAAAACUACGGCCGCGGAGGAACUGGUGGUGGCUCCUCUGGUCGUGGUCGGGGUGGUGGUGGUGCUGGUCGUGGUCGUGGUCGUGGUCGUAGCAGUGGAGGUGACGACCAGAGUUAUGGAGGUAGACGGGGAAGGGGUCGUGGGACCCACAUGGGUGGUGGUUACGAUAGCAGGUUUCCAGGCGGUGGCGAGUCGGAUCGGAGUUAUAGGGGUCAGUACGACCAGCGUCAAGGGGACAGCGGUGGUCGUGGAGCUUGGGGUCGUGGGGCCCACGAGGGUGGCUAUGCUCCGGCUGUCAGUGGUGGUGGGAGUGAAAUGGAUCAGCGUUACCGGGGUCAGUACCCCCAGCUGGAGGGUGGUAGAGGAGCUAGGGGUCCUGGGACCCAAGUGGCUGGCGGCGUCGGCGGCGGUGAGUUCAUCCAGAAACUGCAGCAGCCAAGUGGCGGUGGUGUGGGACCCAGUGGCAGAGGGGCUUGGACUGGUAGGCCGUGGGGUCCAUCUGCUUCUUCAUCAAGUGCUCCGGCUCAGUAUCAGCCCCGGCCUCAGCAUCCUCAACCUACUCCUGCUCUGCCGGACGUUCAGUCACUAAGGAUUUCAGAGGAGAAGCCACUAUCAGCUGAGGGGAAACCAGAUAACAAACUUCUGCCUAUCAAAAGGCCUGACAGGGGAAUUCUUGCUGUCAGGACUGUCAAGCUUCUUGCUAAUCAUUUUCCAGUGAAAUUCAACUCUGAGGGAAUUAUUACCCAUUAUGAUGUCGAUAUUCAACAAGUUAUGCCCGGUGGAAAUCAGCCUCACAGGAGAUCAAUUCCCAAGGCUCUUUUGUCCUUGAUUAAAGACAAGCUGUUUUCUGACGAGGGGUUCCCGGUAGAUAUGGUUACCUAUGAUGGGGAGAAGAAUAUUUUCAGUGCUGUUUCACUCCCCACUGGGGAAUUCAAAGUUGAAUUAUCUGAUGGGGAAGAGAAUGUUCGCACUUAUAAAUUCGUCAUCCAAAAAGUGAAUCAGCUUAAGCUCUCUAACUUGAAAGACUACCUGUGUGGAAACCUCCCACAUAUUCCUCGUGAUAUACUGCAGGCCAUGGACUUGGUCAUGAAGCAUAACCCGUCUAUGCAUAGGAUCCCCGUAGGGCGAAGCUUUUUCUCCAAGAACGAACGCGGGGAUGAUCUUGGUCAUGGGAUUGCCGCAUAUAGAGGCUUCUACCAGAGCUUGAAGCCUACCUCGAACGGUCUAGCGCUGUGUUUGGACUACUCAGUUUUGGCAUUCCGAAAGCCUCUGCCAGUUAUCGACUUCCUGAAAGAGAAUGUUGAAGGAUUUCGAGGAGUGAAUGAUGUUAUGAGGAUGAGACGACAGGUUGAAAGUGCUUUGAAAGGGUUGAAAGUAAGAGUAACACAUCGUAAAACCAAACAAAAGUAUACCAUAUCAGGGCUCACCCGAGACAUUACACGUUUGAUUAAAUUUUCACUUGUAGAUCCAGAUGGCCAGGUGCCACCAAGAGAAGUCAGCCUUGUUGACUACUUCAGGCAGAAAUAUGAGGAGAAAAUUGCCCAUCUCGAUAUUCCUUGCUUAGACCUUGGGAGAAAAGACAAGAAAAAUGAUGUACCAAUGGAAUUUUGUGUCUUGGUCGAAGGUCAGAGGUAUUCCAAGGAAUACUUGGAAAGAAAUGAGAAAGAUGCAGCCGUGUUAUUAAAGCAAAUAUCGUUGGCUCCACCGGCAGUAAGAAAACGUACAAUCUGUGACAUGGUGCAGGCUGAGGAUGGACCUGAUGGAAUUGUUGCUAAAGGCUUCAAUAUGCAACUUGAAAAAUGUAUGACAUCUGUUGGAGGUCGAGUCCUCGGUGCACCUGAGUUGAAGCUAGGUGGUAAAAAUGGCAAUGUAUAUCCUGUAAGAGUUGACCAGGAGAAAUGCCAGUGGAACCUUGUUGACAAAUGUGUAGUACAAGGAAAACCAGUUGAGCGGUGGGCUUUGAUAGAUUUUACUUCAUCAAGCCGUUACAGACUGCGAAAAGAAGACUUCAUCAGGAACCUAAUACAGCGUGCACGGAGACUGGGAAUGCAUAUGCAGGAGCCUCUUGUUUGUCACUCGACUGGAAUGGAUGAAUUCUAUUCCGUUGAUAGAAUUGAUGCCCUUCUUAGAAAGGUUAUUGCUGAUGCUAGACCUAGAAGUGGUUCACAGGGUACGCUGCAAAUCAUUGUCUGUGUAAUGGCUGGAAAGGAUCCUGGAUAUAAGUAUCUUAAAUGGGUCUCUGAGACACGAAUUGGUGUGGUGACUCAGUGUUGUUUGUGCUCUCAAGCAAACAGGGGACAAGACCAGUAUUUGGCAAAUCUUUGUCUCAAGAUUAAUGCAAAGCUUGGAGGCAGCAAUGUGGAGCUCAAUGAUAGGCUUCCUAAUUUUGCUGAUCAAGAUUAUGUUAUGUUCAUUGGGGCUGAUGUGAAUCAUCCGGCUGCACGAAACUCUACAUGUCCAUCAAUAGCAGCAGUUGUGGGCACAAUUAACUGGCCUGCUGCCAAUCGAUAUGCUGCAAGGGUUCAGCCCCAAGAGCACCGCAAGGAAAAGAUCGUUAAUUUUGGAAGUAUUUGUCGUGAUCUAGUUAGUACUUAUGCCAAGCUCAACAAGAUCAGACCAAAAAGAAUUGUCGUAUUCCGAGAUGGUGUUAGUGAGGGGCAGUUUGAUAUGGUGCUAAAUGAGGAGUUACUUGAUCUAAAACGGGCCAUCUGUGAUGAGAAUUAUCAACCAACAAUCACCCUUGUUGUGGCACAAAAGAGACACCACACUCGACUUUUCCUUGAAGGUGGGAGGGAUAAUAGAGUGGGAAAUGUUCCUCCAGGAACCGUUGUGGACACAACAAUUGUUCAUCCCUUUGAGUUCGACUUCUACCUUUGUAGCCAUUACGGAACCCUUGGGACGAGCAAGCCUACGCACUAUUAUGUUCUUUGGGAUGAAAAUGCGUUCACAUCCGACAGGUUGCAUCAGCUCAUAUACAAUAUGUGCUUCACUUAUGCUCGAUGCACUAAGCCUGUUUCACUAGUUCCGCCAGUCUAUUAUGCUGACCUUGUCGCCUACCGCGGACGAAUGUUCCAAGAGGUAGUAAUGGAGCAACCUCCAGCAUCGUCUCCAUCAUCAUCUUCUGCAACACCAUCUGUAUCAUUGUCAUCUUCUGCUUCGUUUGAUCACAAUUUCUAUACUCUGCAUCCAGACCUCCAAAAUGUCAUGUUUUUCGUCUAGGCAGCCUCAUCAAGGCUGUCAGUCUCCUCCACUCUGGAGUAACGGAGAUUGUUCACUCAAAGGAAUACCCCGAAAACGCCGAUCCAAUCUCCUUUUCUAAUCAACUAGCAAAGGAGUUUGUACGUGAAUCUAAUGGGUUUUCAUGCCUUCUGCCCUCUGAUGCUCGUCAGAGGAUUUGUGCACCUCUUUUUUUAUCACUUAAGCGUUGAGUUAGCUAUAUAAAUAAGGACAUUUCAUGUUUUCAGAUGAUGGUUGGCUAGUCCAUAUCUUCAUUGUCGUUAGGUGUGAGUGUGUUAGUUCUGAGAAUUUGAGUCAUGUUUUCCUUUAGGAACUACUGUCUUGUAAAAUUCGGUUUGUGGCUUUAAAUUGUUCUGAGUAUCUGUUGUCCUGUGGUCAUGCACGAGUUAUAGUGCAGCAGGAAUGUAAAAUGUUGGAACCCUGUUAGUUUAUGACCUGUUCUGCGAUCCUUCUUUUUGUU